UGAGUUAUAAGGGGGGAGUAGUGGGAGGCGCGCGAUGCAUGUUUGGUACUCAAGGGAACAUGGCGACGGCACUGAGUUUUGGGUCGGUUCCCUCGUUUUAUCGCGAGGUUUAUCAGAUAGUAUGUCCCAAUCAAGAAGAGAGGAUCGAGCGUGAUAUGUUUGUGAAGAUCUUAAUGAAAUCAAGCCUGCCCAAACAAUCGUUAAGUCAGAUUUGGGAAGCUGUUGAUCCAAGGCAAGAUGGAUAUGUUACAAGAGAUGGAUUAUACAAGGCACUGGCCUUAACUGCUUUAGCACAACAGGGAAAAAUUAUAUCAGAGAGAGCAUUAGAGCAAUUUGUAGAUUCAGAAUUGCCAAAGCCUUCUUUGGGGGACCUGUCAGAUCUGAAAAGUCUGAGUGUGCGUCAAAGGCGUGAAAACAACCCAAAUGUUUUGGGUUAUAACUAUGAUGAACUUGUGAGUUUGGACACAGUAGAUGUAGAGCUUGUACCAGAAAAGAAAGGAAUUCUUCUAAAGCACAAUGAAUAUCAUGUUUCUAGCAAGAAACAUAACUGUACUGUAAAUCGUCGCUACAACGACUUUGUUGCCUUCCAUGACAUGUUACUAGCAAGGUUCCCAUACCGUCUCAUUCCGACACUUCCUCCAAAGAAGCUUAUGGGAGCCAGCAAAGAGUUCAUUGAGGCCAGGAAAAGAUCCUUAAAGCGUUUUCUGACUCUUGUUGUGAGGCAUCCCGUACUUUGCGAGGACAAGAUUGUGAACUUUUUCCUUACAGUCAAGGGCUCGGACAUUGGUCAGAAGUUGAAGGAUCAGUAUAAAUUGAUGCCAGAUGAAUUCAUGACUAGUCCUCUUGCCUCCAAAGCAAAGGAACUAGUCCCUAUGGAUACACAAGCCAGUUUUCAAACCAGCCGCCUGCAAAUUCAAGCCAUUCACAACAGUGUGGAAAAACUAAAGGAUGUUGCUGAUAGAAUGACAGCAAGAGCCUUAGGAUUUUCUUCCGACAUGCUUCAGUUUGCUAAGGAACUCACAGCAUUAACCAAUGAGUCACACCCAACAACUGUAUGGGCAAGUGGCAGUAACAACACAUGGGGGAACCUUAAACACAGCUUUACUGGAAUCACUCCUUAUUAUACCAAACUUUCAGAGAGAGGUGCUGUUUGGUUUAAAAGAGAGGAUACCGGUGCUGCUGAGUACUUGGCUCUCUUCUUGGACUUAACCUCAAGUUAUCGGGAACUUUGUGAAAGGCAUGAAAAGGGAGUUUUAAAAGAUCACCAACACUCGCUCCAGAAAAUGCAGCAGAUCAAAAAACGUCAGAUUGCUGCUCAGGCAAAGGGCCAGGAUCAUGCUGUUGAUCAGCUGGAAUCCAAAAUUGUUGAACAGGAGACAGACAUCAGUAACAUGGAAAACAGGAACUAUUUCUCACUGCACUGUCUCCAGCUAGAAACCCAGUUGGUACAUGCUAACAUGAAAUUAUUGGCAAUAGUGUUACAAAAGAUGGUCACAUCACAGAUUGCAGGACACAAGGAGGUAUUUGAAGUCUGGAAUGAACUUGAUCCACUUGUGGCUGCAUUACUUCCCAGCAACUCUCCUGGCUCGUCACCCCCUGGUUCACCACCAUUAAAGUAAUUUCAGCUGUCUACAUGAUCAAUGUAGAAGUAUAUUGCUCUUUCAUAGAUUUAAGUAUUUUUAAUUACUUAGUGGUAAGGUGUCAUAAGAUGAAAUUGGUCCACACCAGAUGACCUGUGUAGUCAAAUAACAGUGAUAUCAACCACCCUGCAAAUUGUUGUGAAGUGUUGAUGUGCUGUUAUCAAGAUGUUGAAUUACAUCUCUCCUAGUAAUGUUCACUUUUAAGGUUAGACUUCGGUUUUAAAUCCAGUCACUGAAAUGGUCACCUAACCCAUAAAUUCAGAGAAGAAUAAAAGAACAUUUUUUAAGGAAAAACUUCUUUUUUGGGAUUUGUUUGUUAUUUUGAUGGACAAAUUAUAGCUGCAGUAUACCAAAUAUUGUUAGGUAUUUCCCUCUAAGUAUUGGAUAAAUAUCCAAAGGUAUGUAGUGGAGGUGUUCUUCCUAGUUAGAAAAUUGAAUGAUUUGUUUUUAUAACUGUUAGCAAUUUUCUUAAUGCUUGUCUUACUUUGCUAAAUGGCCAGGAAAUGUUUAUUUUCUAUUGAUUGGAGCAGAAUAAAAGGCAAAACCAAUGGAUAAUUAUUUUGUAAAAAAAGAUUAUAGUUACUGUAGUACAAAUUUUAUAAGGAGCAACUGAACACUUAAUCAAUCAAAUAUUGUACACUUUCACAUCGCAUGCACUGAAACAUAAUAUUCAAGGACAGGGAGCUUUGACCAUGAGAACUCUUUCUUCAGGCUAAACAUAAAUAUAACUACAACUUUCUCGCAGUUAUUGCUCAACUGGACAUCUCUUUAAAGAAUUUUGCAGGUAAUUAUAAACCACCCA